UUUCUCGCCAUCUCUCUCCCGUUCUCUCUCAUCCGUUUUUCCUUCGCUUUCAGAAUUCCAUAAUCAGCUGGCACCUUCUCUCUCGCGUUCUUAGCACAUUAAUUGGAUCUUGCUCUUAAUUUCUUCUCUCACCUACCGUCGUAGCGCUUGAUUUUUCUGUUCUUGAAAGUUUGAUUUUUUAUUUUUUUGUUUUUUGAUGAUUAAUUUUACGUAUCUGGCUUUAAUUUUCAUUUCACAUUCAUAGAACUUCGAAUUUCGGAUUUUGAUUCAUUCUUUAAUAGGGUGCCAUUUUGAUUUUUGAUUUUUGAUUUUUUUUUAGUAUUUUGUUGGUGAAUUUGGAAUUUCCGGGUUUAAGCUAGUUUAGGUGUCGUGUCGUUGGUUCAAUUUGACUGGAUCUUUGUGAGCUUUUGAGGGACUGGUCUCGGCGGUCACUCGCUCCGAUCACCUUCCCCAGCUUUCUUACCUCAGAUAUCAGGAUUCAAGCAUGAAAACCGAAAGUGAGGACAAAAUGACUGAUUAUUAUUCUUCAUUCCAGGAUUCAAGCAUGAAAACCGAAAGUGAGGACAAAAUGACUCAUUAUUAUUCUUCAUUCCAGGAUUCAAGCAUGAAAACCGAAAGUGAGGACAAAAUGACUUCAAAAGGUGGUAUAAGUGAAGAUACUACUGGUGGGGGAAAUGCAGGAAGCGUUGGAGGUAAAGCGCUGAAGAAAGGUCCCUGGACAUCUGCAGAGGAUGCAAUUUUAGUAGAAUAUGUAACAAAACAUGGAGAGGGGAACUGGAAUGCUGUGCAGAAGCAUUCUGGGCUUGCUCGCUGUGGAAAAAGUUGUCGUUUGCGAUGGGCAAAUCACCUGAGACCAGAUCUAAAGAAAGGAGCAUUCACUCCAGAGGAAGAGAGCCGCAUUAUAGAACUCCAUGCUAAAAUGGGAAACAAAUGGGCGCGAAUGGCUGCUGAGUUGCCUGGGCGCACAGAUAAUGAGAUAAAGAACUAUUGGAAUACCAGAAUUAAGAGAAGACAACGUGCUGGCUUGCCAAUAUAUCCUCCAGAUAUCUGUUUGAAAGCCUUAAAUGAGAGCAAACAAAAUGAAGAUUUCAGCACAUUCCCAAAUGGGGGAACACACCAUCCUGAUCUUUUGCAGAUCAACAAUUUUGAGAUCCCAGCUGUGGAAUUCAGGAGUUUGGAGGUGAAUCAGCAGUUGUAUCCACCUGCACUUCUUGAGAUUCCUUCCAGUAGCUUGCUUGAUAUUCCUGCAAGUAGCCUGCUGGCACAUGGUCUCAAUUCUUCUUAUGGCAACAGGUCGGUCCUGUCAACCAUGCACCCUUCUAAACGAAUACGGGGAUCAGAGCCCUUGUUCCCUGGUUUAAAUGUCAAUGCCAGUGAUAUUCUUCCAGCCUGCAGUCCAUAUCAGAAUGACAGUUCUGUAGAGAUUGCACAAUCCUUUGGGUUUUCUUCUGCGUACGAUCAAAAUCUUGCAUCUGGUCACUCAUCAUUCUCGGGUGUAAUUUCUGGCAGCCAUGCCUCUUUAAAUGGCAACUCCUCUUCUUUGGAGCCCACAUGGGCAAAGAAGAUGGAGCUCCCUUCAUUCCAAAGUCAGAUGGGUAGCUGGGGCUCACCUUCCUCCCCUCUCCCUUCUCUAGAGUCUGUUGACACUUUGAUUCAGUCGCCUCCAACCGAACAUAAUACUGGAUCAGGUAGUCUUUCUCCAAGAAACAGUGGCCUGCUUGACGCUGUACUUUAUGAGUCGCAGACUUUGAAGCAUACAAAAAGUAAUUCAUCAGAACAGACCUCUGGUGCUUUCAUGAUGCCUGGUGACAUAAUGGAUAGUUCAUGUCCAGAUCUUCAUGGCACAGAAUUGGAAGCCUAUGGAGACCCAAUCUCCCCUCUAGGUCAUUCUGUUGCAUCGGUGUUUAGUGAAUACACCGCUAUCAGUGGAAGUUCAUUAGAUGAGCCCCAGUCAGUUGAAACAAUGCCAGGAGACAAAGUUAAGCAAGAGGAUGCUGGCUCAGCAUCAGUACAAUGUGAUGACAAGAAUGAUGCAUCAAACCAGGACGAGAUGUUUUCCAGACCGGACUUCUUGCUUGAUUCAAAUUGUUUCGACAUGAAGGCAGAUCAUGGUAAAAACCACUCAAUCCUAAAAGAUGCAUUUGGUGCAGUCCUCUUUGAUGAUUUUAGCAAGGACUGCAAAAAAAUGGGAGCGGUGACUACUUCAACGGGUCAAGAUUCUUGUGCUUGGGAUGCCAUGUCCACUUUCUAAUUGAUUUCUUGGGAUUGAAAGAAAAUUAUAGUUUCAAAGUUGCCCAAGAAAGAAUGUUUUGUUAUUGAACGAACAUAGGUCAGUUGGUCGGUCUCCCACGCAAUUUUCCCAUCAGAUGAUCCUGCUAAUGGCAUUGGCGCAUUGCUACCACAUUUUCAGUUGUAUUUUUUUUUAAUCAAAUUUGCAUUCAUCUCUGUGGCAUCAGAGGAGUUAGUAGCAGCUUAUUGACAUUGCUGUGACUCAACCAAAAACAUGUACUGUCUCCAACCAAAAUAAUAGUGUGCUUAUUAUGGUUGUCUCCCUGAA